AGUCUUUCCCCCAAUCGAAGGAUUGUUCAAUUUUGGCGGUGCGGAAAACAUGGCGGAAGAUUUGAACGGUUGCAGCAUAUCCUGCAAGCUGUCUUUGGACGAUCUGCAGGCUGUCUGCCGCCAGGAAAGGCUCCACUGUAAAGAACUACAGGUGAACAAGCAUAACAUCGAUGACUAUGAGGUUGAGUACCUCUGUGACUACAAGAAGUCUAAGGAGCAAGAGUUGUACCUUGUCAAAUGGAAGGGAUACCCUGAGUCGGCCAACACCUGGGAGCCCCGCAAAAAUCUCAAGUGCAAGAAGCUGAUGACGCAGUUCCACGAGGACAUGGAGCGUGAAAUGAGGCGGCAAAAGAGACGGACCACCUGCCCCAAGCGGCUGGACAAGGACGUGGCCUGGAUCCUGGUGCAGAAAGCCAAACUCCGCCAGAGGCUCCAGCGCUGGGAGGCCGACCUGAACAAGACGCGCAACCACCCAGGCCGCAUCUUUGUCCUGAACGAGGUGGACUUGGAUGGCCCGCCCAGGGACUUCACUUACAUCAACACCUACAAGGUGGGCGAGGGCAUCGUGCUCAAUGAGAUGGCCGUUGGCUGUGAGUGUAAGGACUGUUUCAGUGAUCCGGUCGGAGGCUGCUGCCCCGGGGCCUCCCUUCACCGCCUGGCCUACACUGACAAGGGCCAGGUGCGAGUGCGGGCCGGGGAGCCCAUCUACGAGUGUAACACCCGCUGCAGCUGCGGGCCUGACUGCCCCAACCGAGUGGUCCAGAAGGGCAUUCCAUUCGACCUGUGCAUCUUCAAGACUGAGAAUGGCCGAGGCUGGGGCGUGCGCGCACUACAGCACAUCAAAAAGAACACCUUUGUCAUGGAGUACGUUGGAGAGAUCAUCACAUCGGAUGAGGCGGAGAAGAGAGGACACCUGUACGACCGGCAGGGCGCCACCUACCUGUUUGACCUGGACUAUGUGGAGGACGUUUAUACGGUGGAUGCCGCUCACCAUGGCAACAUCUCCCACUUUGUCAACCAUAGUUGCAACCCCAACCUGCAAGUAUACAACGUGUUUAUAGACAACCUGGAUGAGAGGCUCCCGAGGAUAGCUUUAUUUUCAACACGCCCCAUCAGGGCAGGAGAAGAGCUCACUUUUGACUAUAAGAUGCAAGUUGAUCCAGUCGAUGCGGAGAGCACAAGGAUGGACUCAAAUUUCAGUUUAGUGGGACUCCCAAGCUCUCCCAAAAAGCGGAUUCGGGUGGAGUGCAGGUGUGGAUCUGACACAUGUCGAAAGUAUCUCUUCUGAUAUGGAUUGUAAACGGAACAUCAAAGCUUGAACAGACACUGUGUACUAUUUCGGGGAAUUAUGAAAAUUGUACGGCUUUACAUGUAUUUUUAUUUGUCUUUUUUUAAAUGUUCAUUUAACUUUUAAGCCACAUUGGUGCAUGGGUGAUAUCAAAACUGAUAUGGUGCAUUUUUGCAACUUUUUUUGCAACUUCAUUUUAAAUGUCCCCAAACGUAUCUAGUGUGUUGGGAAGCCAUUUUAGUGAAACAAUGGCCAAUAUGACCUAAAUGAACCAGCUUAAACAUACAUCUUUCUUAUCUCAUUCUCGUUGGCACCAAAAGUAAAAAAAAAAAAGUGUUGAUAGGGGACAGAAUGCGGUCGGAC